AUGAGCCUGUUGCUUAACAUUUAUGAUUUCAACGACCAACAAUCCCAACACUCCCUCGCGAUUCCCGAGGACGACCUCGGCGUUAAGCGCGUGAAGGACCUCAAGAAGCGGAAGCGCGAGGAGCCUGUUGCUUCGGGGACUCUCAGGAUCUGGAAUCUCGAGUUCAUUGAAGAAGAAGAUGAGGAAGGCGAGGGUGCGGUUGAGAAGAGGGUUUGGGAGUGGAGGAAGAGAUUGGUGGAGAAGAUGAACGGGAUUGAGCUGAAUCUUGAAGGGGUUAAGUUCAAGCUUGAUGUUGCUGUUCCCGUUUCGGAUGAUUUUGAGGCAAUGAAGAAAGAUUGGGAACAGUUUUUUGCGUUUGAUACUCGAGGGUACUAUAGAGGGAAGCGUGAUCCAGAUACGAUUAUUUUGAGGGGUGUGCCCUCACGAUGGUUUGCUGAGCCUAGAGUUUCUUCUAAGCCUUCCAUGCUAGUCACACAUACCAUCUUCUCAACAUUUGGCAAGAUAAGGAAUCUUAAUGUUGCUGAGGACGAUGAUCCAGGUAAGGAUGCAAAUGAAGACAACGGAGACCUGGUUUCAGGCCUUUACUGUAAGAUUGUGGUUCAGUUUGAAAAAUAUAGAGACUUCCAUGAUGCAUUGAGAGUUCUAUGUGGUCGCUCAUUGCAAAAGAAAGGAUCGCGAUUAAAGGCUGAUUAUGAAGUUAGCUGGGAUAGAGAUGGAUUUUUUCGGAACACAAGAAAUCAAACACAAGAAAAGACCAACAGAGUGUCAACAAUGGCAGCAGAUCGUUACAAAAGUGAAGUUCCUAGACGCCAUACCCCUUAUGCUCGCCACAGCCAGAGAAUGUGCGACCAAGGAUUUAAAUUCAAAAUGCUUCAUCAAUAACAUAUAUUAAAGCACCCAAAUUUAAGUAUAUGUAUAUUAAAGAUUAUCCAACAUGAUUAA